AUGCUGUCUACUCAAAGGGGGACAAUACACGUUGUGGGCCUCCAAGACAAGACGGCCAUCGUGACAGAGUGCGCCCGUCAACUGCUGGACCUCAAGUUGACGAAGCUCAUUCUCGCGGUGCGCGACGAGCAGAAAGGCCAGCACGCCUGCGCCAGGCUAUCCUCUGGUCGACGCCUCGAUGAUGGUGCUAUCGAAGUCCGGAAAUUGGACCUACAAUCAUACGACUCGACAACAGCUUUUGCGGAGCGUGCAAAGACACUUCCACGUCUGAACAUUGCGAUUCUCAACGCCGGUAUAAUGAAACAGAAGCACGAGUUAUCCCCGUUGACGAAACACGAAGAGACGAUUCAGUUAAACGUCCUCUCGAAUACUCUGCUGUCAGUCUUACUCCUCCCCAGUCCGAAGCGCAAAGCUCGAAAUAAUGAAUCCGGCCGAUUGGCAGUGGUGUCAUCAGAUGUAUCUUCAUGGGCUCAGUUCAAGGAGAAGAACGACAGCCCGUUAUUGACCUCCAUGACAGUGCAGUCUAUUCUGGGUAUUAUCCUCUCUAUGGUGGUCCACGAUACUCGUAUCAUCGUUGUACUAGUUGAGCGCAACAAGGCACCAAAUAGUGGUGGUCGGCGCCAAUCGCGAAACAAGCUCAUUGGCCGAAUGGCAGGAAUCAAGGAAAAGACCACGGAGCUUCAAGGGCCGGGCACACAGUAUCAUUGGCGUGAAUCAUCGCCCCACCCUUCCGUCCUGACUACUGAGGACGCUUCCCUGCAAUAUCGGCUCGCCGCUAAGUAG